GACUCUUCUCCCGGGCCAUCCUGCAGUCUGGAUCCGCCCUCUGCCCCAAGUACUCGAGGGGCAGACACCGCGAGGUCGCCCUGCAGGUGGCCAAGGAGGCGGGCUGUGUGGAGAAGGACACCCUGCUGGACUGUCUCCGCGGCGUCCGGGUGGAGAAGCUCGUCCAUGCCUACAUACCCUUGCAGUUGUGGAGCGUCUUCCCGUUCACGAUGGUUCCUCGCGUGGACGGCGACUUCAUCCCUGCGGACCCGGCCGUUCUCCUCUCUUCCGGAAACUUCUCGAAGGUGGACCUCAUCCUCGGCGUGACGAAGCACGAGGGGGCUUUGAUGACUGCGACCAUGUUUUCAAGCUGGAACCCCGUGAACGAACUGGGGACCAACCUCCGCAUGGCUGGCCCCGUGUCCCUGAGCUUCGAGAGCGAGAUAGAACCCGGACACCUCGCGGGCGUCAGCUAUUUCUACUACGUUGGAAACAGUAUAAUCAGUAUUAAGGAAGUUGCUAAUCUCACUCAGCUGUACACAGACCGGUACUUCUCGGUUUGCACAGACCACACAGCCAUGCUGCACGCCCAACAUGGCUCCAAGGUUUACUUUUAUGAGCUCGAACACCGUGGCCUGGCCUCAAGCACAGACAUAUUCCAGCUUUUCUUCGAUAACAUGUGGGUAAGUCACGGAGACGACCUGCAGUACCUCUUCAGUAGUAGCAAUGGGUUCCCCUAUCUGAGGAUCAAGGACGACCUUUUGACGGGUGAAAUGAUCACGACGCUUUGGACGAACUUCGCUAAGACAGGGAAACCGACACCUGACGACUCCUUGGGCUUCGAAUGGGAUCCGGUGACCGACGCCUCCUUGGUUCACCUGUCUUUGUCGCCUUCACCUGAAAUGCGCAAGGACAACCGCACGCAGUUGCGGAGUUUCUGGCAGUCCCUUCCAACACGUCAGAACCAGAUCCUGUUCCCCGAGGAGGUGGGCUUCUUCGUGAAGGAAGCUGCGGAGGACGACGCCCAAGACGCCCUUCCAAGCACAGAAACGGAGGACACAGAGUCGGGCCCAGAUGUAGAGGAUCAGGAGGAUGACGAUUUAACGGAAGAGUUGGUCAACAAGAUCCUGAGUGAAUCUCUAGGGACCGAAAUAACAAGAGGAGCCGACGCCAAGACGGAAAUCGGUGAAGGUUCAGCUGCCAAAAUUGUUGUGGACGUUGGGCAAGCUGAAAAGGAUAAUGGCAGGAAGAACAUUGGCAAUAAAGAUAAAAUCAGCGACCUUCGGGUUAAGGGUAGCAUUGAAGAAGAACUGUACAAAGGUGACAACAAGGAAUCUAAUACAGACGAUACCAAACACUCACUCAACAAGGACAUUACUAGCCCUUCAGAUAACGUGAAAGACUUAGACGAAGAGGAAGAUUAUUCCAAGGACCUUUACAAGAAAGACGACAUCAAGGCCGCCUUGAGGAAGAAGUAUUACCACAGCAUUUUAAAGGAACUCGGCGCUGAGAACGUGAGGAGAGAAGGGGACGUGAAAAAUCUGAAAUACAAGCACAAGCUGAGGAAGUUAGAGGAGGAGGAGGAGGAGCAGAACGACUUGGAUGCUGAUGAUGCGCUCAACGCCGUCGAAAAUAGAAUAUCAGAAAACGCCCAGAGCCCCGCCCAAACGGAAUACCAGGAUACCCCUACCCAAACGGCACGCAGAGUUACCGAUACCCAGACGGAACACACCGGACUUGAUGCCCAGACAGACCAGACAGACCACAAAGACACCAACAUCCCAGGAGAUAACAAAAGUACCAACACCCAAACAGGUCACGUUGGCACUUCCAUGGAGGACGGCAGCACCCAGGAGAGGGCACCAGACAGCGACUUCUUCAUCGUAAAGAAAAUGAUAGACUAUGGCGACAUGUACCAAAUACUGAAGGAUAACGAGGAAGCCAUCAGACAGUACAAUGCCGCCGUCAGACUCACUCCCUCCAUGUGUACUUUUGGUGAGGAUUGCUAAGUAAAAACAAUAGUGU